AUGUCGCAGACAAGACUGCACAUGCAAAAGCGUGAAGGUGAAGAGCUUAUGAAGCGUAUGGGCGCUUACAUGUUGGACGCGUUUGCCGCGCUAAACACGCGCUCGCUCCAUGAUCAGCGCAUUCUUGCCUUCACCACCUCAUCUUCUGUCGCUCCCACUGCUACACACCCGUCUACUGGCUCCAUACGUUCACCAGGCUCUUCCUCCUCCUCGAAGCGCAAGGAUGACAGCUGCCAGCUCUGA